AUGGCCGUUAAACAAUCCAAGCGAACCAAAGAUACUGGAUACAACAACAAUAAUAAUAACAACAACAAUAAUAAUAAUAAAAAGUUUAAAAAAUUCAAAACAAACAACAACAAUAACAACAACAAUAAUAAUAAUAAUAAUAAAACAUUGAUGACGUCAUCGCCGUUCGCGACUGAUGUUAAUUACUUGACGAAUUAUUACAAUUCCCAAUACAAUAAUAACAAUACUAAUCAUAAUAACAGUAAUAAUAAUAAUCACAACAACGGCGACGAUGAUGCUGAUGACGAUGGCGAUCCAACAAAUUUGAUUGGCUACGGUACCGAACUAUGGAGCGCCGAUAAAAAACAGCAACAACAACAUCAACAACAUCAACAACAACAACAUUUUCAGUAUAUGAAGCAGUUUAACUCGUCUUUAUAUUCGGAUAAAAAAUUAAUUGGUAGUAGCAGUGGUGGCAGUAGUGGCGGCAUUUGUAGCAGUGGCAUCAGCAGCAACAACAUUUACCCACCACUACUACCAAUACCAACAAAGCGACCACAGACAACAAAACUUCAGCACUAUCCGCCCGCCAAUCAACAAAAAAGUCAUCUCACAUCGUCAUCAGCAUCAUCGUCAUUCUAUUGGUCGCCCUAUUGCUACAACAACAUCAUCAACACCACCAACAACAACAUCCACAUCAACAUCAACAACAACAACAACAGUUACAACAACAAUAACAGUACAACAUUUUUUAAUCACCCGUUCUGUUACUCUGACGACUGGUACAGCAACUACAACAUCAACAACUACAACAGUUUUUACAACAAUUUAUGCAACAGCAGCAACAACAACAAUAUCAACAACAACAGCAACCCAUAUUACAGUCUCAACAGUGUCGAUAUGUAUUACAACAACAUCAACACCAACAACAACUUGUACAAUAACGAUAUAGCGCGCGAGAAAAAUUUCAAAUUUUAUCAGCAGCAGCCACAGCAGCAACCACAACAGCAGCCACAACAGCAGCAACAACAACAACAGCAGCAACAACAACAACAACAUAUUCUCCAACAAAAUAGCAACAACUUCAACGUGCCACAUUUCAACAAGGCCAACGUCAAACGCAUUGAACCGCAUCAUCAACAGCAACAAAAUUCAUUCUUAACAACAACAACAAAUCACAAACAGCCGCCACUACCACCACCAACAACAACAACAACAUCAAAAUCACUAAAUAACAUUCGCAACUUUUUAACAUGGCCGACCGGAAAUAGAAUUCUCGAUUUAAGGACACGUGAUCUACAAAAAGAAAAAAAUUCUUGGCUGGCCGUCGACAAAACUCUCGUCGAAAAUCUAGUCGAUUCCAUCAUGGCUGACUCCUCAACCGGAAAUGACGAAUAUCAGGACCUAUUUCCGGAUAAAGAUGGCGGACAGCGGAAAAGGCUUGCUGUUCUUUGA